UCCCCCCCCCCCAGGGAUCUCAGUUUGCUUCUGGGGAGAUGAAUCUGCUGAUGGGGGAGGAGGGACCGGGGGAGAAGCGGCUGCAAGCAGAAAACGGGGGGCAAUCCCAGGAGUGGGGGUGGGAGUCAGUUGGCCUGGCCUUUUGCAGGGAGGAUCCAGGCUGGCUCACUUGUUUUCGCGUUAGAUACAGUAGCCCUUGAAGCCGUGAGAAAGAAGGUCCUUCUAAGUCCUGUCUGGAGGGAGAGGUCAGGGAUAAGUAUGAGGACUCUCCCUGCAGUGACGGCUGCCUGCCCGGCUGCCUGCCUGCCUGCCUGCCUGCCUGCCUGCCUGCCUGCCUCUAUCCCCGGGGCAGCAAAAGAUGCUUCUUUGAGAUUAUUUUGGGGGAGAGAAUUGGCUCUUAUGCCUCCACACUCUAUAAGGAUUCUGCUUAAAGAACCAAAGGGGUUGAGUUCUCAGUGAGAACAUCUGGACCAGCUUCUGGUCUACCUUUCUCACUCAUUCCAGCUGUUUCUUUUCUACCUGAACUAAAAGCGGAAGUUAUCUUGUUCUUUUCAUGGGUUUCUUUUUGCAGAUGAAAACCACUGCUACGAAAGAAGACUAACAGCUUCAUGCUCCUCCCAAGGGGAGUGAUUUCAGAGAUCCAGGAGAAACUGUACUCCAGUUUUGAAUUGGAUUUGGGAACAUGGAGUGUAUGGACCCCCCAGGAGAAGGAACAUUACACGUUCUUCAUGGCACCCAGCCUGAGAUCAGAGGAAAAGGAGCUGGGCAGAAGAAUGCUGUUGACGAAAUCAUUAGCUUGCACCAUCGGUGCCAGCGUUUCAGGGACUUUCAUUAUGAAGAGGCCAAGGGACCACGGGUGGUUUGCAGCCAACUCCACUAUCUUUGCAGUCAGUGGCUGAAGCCAAAAAGGAGAACGAAAGCUGAGAUGCUGGACCUGGUGCUCCUGGAGCAGUUCCUGACUGUCCUGCCCCCGGAGAUGGAGAGCUGGGUCCGGGAGUGUGGAGCAGAGACCUCCUCCCAGGCGGUGGCCCUGGCAGAGGGCUUCCUCCUUGGCCAAGAAGAAGAAAAGAAGCAGGAAGAGAUGCAGAGCCAGGGUCCCUUGGUGGAGAUGGUUGCUGAAUGCCCCAAGGCAACAGGACAUUUCUCUCAGGAGCAACUCUUGAGGGAGAUUUCCCCAGAAGAUCCAAGUCAAAACACCUUAUCAGGGAGCAGGACAUCGUUAGUAUUUGUAGAAUUGGCUCCUCAUGACUGUCGAAGAGAAACCACACCUGUGAUUCCAGCUCUGUGUCCUGUAUCCUUCGAGGAGGUGGCUGUGUAUUUCACUGAAGAGGAAUGGGCACUGAUGGGUUCUGAACAGAGAGCCUUGCACGGGGAGGUCAUGCUGGAGAACUCAAGGAACAUGGCUUCUCUGGGAGCUGAUGGGCAGGAGGAUAAAAAUGAUGAGGAGACAAGGAUGUUAUCAUUGCAAACCAUCAAGCAAGAAGUUCAAGAAGAGAUAUUUCAAUAUCCGUGGGGACUAAAAAGACCUGAGAGCCACCAGUUCAGUGAUACAGAGAAGCCUUCUUCUCAAAGUGCAGGAAGUCAUGACUUCCUGACCCAAGAACAUUGGAAAGAGAACGAAACGAACGAUUUCCUCAUGCGUGGCGAAAUAUUCAAAGAUGAACCUGAUUUAAGCAAUCGUUACAGAAUCCACAUGGAAAGGCAACUCUGUGAAUACAGACAGCGCCAAAUGAGUUCUGAAGUCUCUGUUAGGUUAUAUCAAGGUGUAGCUACAGAAAAGAAACAAUAUGUAUGCAAAGAGUGUGGGAAACACUUUUGCGACUCUCAUUCUCUUAUGAGACACGAAAGGAUCCACACCGGGGAGAAACCGUAUAAGUGCACAGAGUGUGGCCAGAGCUUCAGUCAAAGCAGUAACCUUAUUUCCCAUAAGAGGAUCCACACGGGGGAAAAACCUUUCACGUGCACGCAGUGUGGAAAGUGCUUCAGAAGGAGCACUUCCCUCACUUACCAUGAAAGGAAUCACACAGGGGUGAAGCCGUAUAAAUGCAAGGAGUGUGGAAAACACUUCUGCGACUCCCAUUCGCUUACCAGGCACGAAAAGAUCCACUCAGGGGAGAAACCCUUUAAAUGCACGGAGUGUGGGAAGAGUUUCAGUCAAAGCACUUACCUCACUUACCACAAAAUGACCCACACAGGGGAAAAACCCUAUCAGUGCAAGAUAUGUGGGAAAAGCUUCAUCAUGAGCAGCUCCCUCACUUACCACGAAAGGAUCCACACAGGGGAGAAACCCUAUAAAUGCCUGGAAUGUGGGAAGAGUUUCCUCCAGAGCUGUCACCUCACUUCCCAUAAAAGGAUCCACACUGGGGAGAAACCAUAUAAAUGUAAGGAGUGUGGAAAAGACUUCUGCGACUCCCAUUCGCUUACCAGGCAUGAAAGAAUCCAUACUGGGGAGAAACCAUAUAAAUGCAUGGUGUGUGGAAAGAGCUUUAGAAGGGGCAGUUCGCUUACUGACCACGAAAGGAUCCACACAGGGGAGAAGCCCUAUCAAUGCAUGGAGUGUGGAAAGAGGUUUACUCACAGCGGUCACCUUAGUUCCCAUAAGAGCAUCCAUGGGGGAGAAACCGUAUAAACGCAUGGAGUUUGAAAGGAGCGUUGGUAUGAUCAAUUGCCUUACUUUCCAUAAAAUGAUCAGCUUGGGUGGAAUCACACAAAUGUCUUUGAUGCCUUAUUCCUGCUGCUCUGCUGAUCGUCUAAAGUAUGCAUCUUUCUCUCCCCUGUGCAGUAACGUCUUCCCCUUCCCUCAUAUUGUUAAGGCUACAGGUGGACUUUCAGUGUUGACACACUCAACUUUCAGCUCUGUCUUUUGAGCACUUCCCCUCGGGGGCACCUGGAUCCCUAUCAGAUUGGCAUUUUGUAAACUAGCAGUGCAGUGCUGCUGGGCCCUAUGGAUUCUUUUAUUCACUGGUUGCCUAUGUGGUUUUUUAAAAAAUUGGGAUUUCUAACAACGUAUAUUGUUAAACGUGUGCUUUGCGUGUGUGUUUAUACGACUUUCUUUGACUUGCUCAGCAUCCUUGUCAAUUGGGCUGGCUAUAGAUAUUUUGAAAGAAAGAAAGAAAUAGUAAAAUAAUAAUAAAAGACUCCUGAUCUCUUAUCCUUAUGUU